AUGCUUCAAUUAAGCUCGGACGUCACCUUCAACUAUGAGGUCCUGCGGGUGCUGGCCGUCUCCUCUUACCAAGGUGCCGAUGUUAGUGAAGUCCUAGAUGCUGCUGGCCAAAUCCGCCCUGGCGACUUUGAGAGCUGGUACAAGCAGUUUUCCAAAGCUGCCGAGCGCGUCCACGGCAUCGCCAAGGCUGUCGACUCGUGCAAGCACCCCGUCUCCGCGAGGAACGCCCUUUUCCGUGAGGCAACGUACUGGCGCUCCGCCGACUUCUUCCUUCACGGAAACUGGACGGACCCGCGCAUCAACGAGCUGUGGGUGAAGCAUCUCGCGGCUUUCAACAAGGCCAUCGCACUCCUCCCCGUCCCCGGCCAACGCGUGACGCUCCAGGGCGACGGGUUCAAGAUCCCGGCAAUCUUCUAUGGCAGUGGUAGCAAAGAGCCCCGGCCGACAGUCAUCAUGUGCAACGGCUACGACGGCGCGCAGGAGGAGCUGUACCACGUCAUGGUCGAGGCUGUGCUACAGCGUGGCAUGAAUGCCAUCACGUUUGAAGGCCCCGGUCAACCCACCGUGCGCCGCGAGCAGAACCUGGGCUUCAUCCCGGAAUGGGAGAAGGUCGUCACACCGGUCGUCGACUACGCUCUGGGCCGCAAGGAAGUUGACGCCAAGUCCAUUGCACUGAUGGGAUACUCGUUUGGCGGGUAUCUUGCCCCCCGCGCCGCCGCGUUCGAACACCGCCUCGCCGCCGUCAUCGCCAUCGACGGCCUCUACAACUUUGGUGAGGUCAUGCUGCACCAGGUUGGCCCUGAGCUUACCGAGCUCUGGCGCCAAGGCAACUACACCGUCGUCGACGAGACCAUCAAGGGUCUGCUGGCGAACCCAAAGACGCCGACGCCUGUCCGCUGGGGCAUCGGCCAGGGGCUCUGGUCGUUCAACACGCCGUCGCCGUCCGAGUGGCUGAACAAGACGCAGGCCUACACUCUGGACUCGGUGGUCGACAAGAUCCGCUGUCCGGUGUUUGUGGGCGAUGCCGAGAACGAGUCCUUUUUUCCCGGCGAGGCGAAGCGACUGGCUGACAAGCUGGGCAGUCGUGCGACGCACCACCUCUUUACGGCUGAGGACGGGGCGGGUGAGCACUGCCAGGUCGGUGCGACACAGCUGAUGAAUCAGGUUUCACUGGAUUGGCUUCAGGACGUCGGCUUCCGCCGCUGA